CGGUAUUAUCUUUAAAAAGGCUGACUUCAUAAACGCAGUUUGCAAUGCAACAUUGAAAUGCCUAGUGUUCAUAAACGUCAUUAGCAUAUUUUUGGCAUUGCCGUGUGUUCACUAUCGCCUGGCAACCCUUUCUGAUGCGCAACAGUUGUCAAAUUUGUGCAUCUGUUUUAUUUUGGAUGCUUUUUGGAUUUUUGCGGUAAUUGAAAUGGCUGAGACAUCUGAAAAGAAGUGGAGCCAUGAAAGGAAAAAGCUCCUUUUGGAAGUGCGUCUACGCCAUGAACCGGAUUUUUGUGCCAAAAAAAAGAAAAGGAGUGCUAUUUGGGAGCAAAUAAUGCGGGAGAUUAAGGAGGUCGAGGGCACAUUUCCCUUUUCAAGAGAUGAAGCAACCAGAUGUUUUAUAAAUCUAAUGGGCACAUACAAAAGAAUUAAGAAACGCAAUAACACAUCUGGCGAGAGUUCCACGAACUGGGAAUUUUUCGAUGUCAUGGAUGAGGUGUUUGGCAGCCGUAGUAGCGUUCAGGUGCCCAGUGAAAUGCUUGAAAGUUCUCUAGAAUCCUUGGUGGAAGAUUUGACAAGCGAUAGCCCGUUGGCACCCACCGAUUCCCACGCGCCAAUGAACUUAGAUGCUACACCUUCAGAAAACACUACUCAAAGGUUUGCUAUAAAACGAAAACGAUGCGAAGUUCUGGAGUUUUUAAGUAAAGAGUCUGAGGCAGAUGCCAAAGUGAUGAAAAAACUCUUGGACAUCGAAGCAGAAAAAAUUGCGGUGGAGAAGGAGAAAGUAGCUGAGCUGAAGGAAAUCCGUGCCUUAUUUCAGAGAAUUGUAGACAGGUCUCAAUAAGUUUUCCAUUUCUUGUUCACCUUAACAGAUUAAAAUCUUUUUAGAUAAAUACAAACAAAAUAGAAUACAAACAAAAUACAUAUGUAUUUAUUGUUGUAAUUGAUCUCAUGAAAAAGCGAUAUAAUAAAAAAGUAUUAUUUAUAAAAAGUAUUU